AUGAAUCUUGACUAUGCGAAUGCUGUUGGCUUCUCGCCGCGGACCCUCGAUGAGAUAUGGGAGCAGUGGAACCAGGCGAACGAUCUCUCCACCGGCACUAAUCUCCCCUCAUGUCUCCGGCAACAACAAGAGCAACACGAAGAUGCAGCACCGCACGAUUCAACUGUAGUUUUUGACGCCGAGUUCCGCUGCUUGUAUAAGGUGCCACCCCACCUUGUCGUGCAUACACCUUCGGCACGACUCAACAUCACACGACUUGUUUUCUGCCGCAACUACAGAGCCCAUGAGCCAGACUCGUGUAAAAUGGGAGAUAAUUGCAAAUUUGUCCAUGCGGAUGUGGACAUAAGGAUGUUAGAGGCGUAUCCGAUUCAUGUGAACUACGUCUGGCGUAGCGAGGAUCUCUGCAUGUACAAGCGUCUCCCUCCUGGUGAAAUGUUGGAGGUACUCUCCGGAGAUAUGUGUACCGUUGAGUCAAUACCCAGUGAGCGAGUCCUUGUCACAAGAGGGGCACUUGCACGCCACGAUAUUGCAGAGCCACUAAUGCGAUGCAAAUACUAUGAUGCGAAUCAGACAUGUUUUGCAGGCGAACAUUGCAAUUUUAUUCAUGUCGUUUUCCUUGAUCCCACUUUUCAAGGCUCUUUUAAACGGGCACCUAAAGUUCUUCUGGAUACUAGGAGUUCUGCAAAUACGCUGUCAAUUCCACAGCACCGCCCUAACAAUGGUAAUUGCAACUCUAGUAGUAAUAAUAACGGUGCUAUCGGAAACAAUAGUAACAACAAUAUCAGCACUGUCAUGGGUAACCAUAUUUUAGAAAAUCAUCAUGGUACCCAAAUGAAAAAUUUAAAUCCCGGUAUUAACAUCAAUGUGCCUCCUUUUUUGGUAAAUUCGGAUCCUCAGCUCUCCUGGUUACACAAUUGCAAUGCCUUGGCAACACCCUACUUUCCAAGAAAUAUGAUGGCGCAACAGGACGCUGGUGUAUCGUCUCUGGUGGGAAUUCCUGGUGCUACUAGUACUACUAGUAAUGCUACUGCUGCUACUACUACUUCUACUACUACACCACCACCACCAUCAUCUUCUUCCCAACCUCAUCCUACUAUCCCCACCAUACCAUCAAUGACUACCAGUGGUUCUUUCUCAGCAUCCGGUGUCUCAUUUCAGUGCGACCAAACUGAAGGCGAAAACCUAGAGGAGCUUCUCAUGAUGCUUAGGGAGUCGAACAACAACGAAGAAGGCGCCAAUGCUUCUUCACCCGAAGCGCAAAUGUUAGCAGGUGUUGGGCACACGCCAUCAUCUGGUGCACAGAAUGGAAGUGCAGGUUCGCUGGUCACGCAGGAACAACUUAGUAGUAUUGUCUCUCAACUCUUUUCUCUGUUCUCGCAGCGAGUUAAUUUGCAGCGCAACAUAACUGUGAGACCCUCUCCACUCCUUGAUGAACCGUACAGUAUAGGCACACUCCUUUACUUGCCGCAUGGGGCUUCAGAGGCGUUGCCUCUUCAGCCUGUUUUUGAUAACUCGUUUCUGACCCUGAUUGCCACGUUAGGGUCGCAGCAGCAGUACCCUGUACACCCCAUGAUGUCCUUACAGACGAUGAACGUACCGCAGAUGGCCUCUGUAGCUGUUGGAAAACAACAACAACAACAGCAACAACAACAACAAGAGCAAGAUAAAAUCCGAACUCCCUUUCUCUCUACCCCCAAUUCAACGGGAAAUUCCAACGGUGUGAGAAGUUCUAGUAAUGGUAUGUCUUCUUCUGGGGGUGAUGGAGGUGUGCCUACGACAGAUUUUUACGCAAAAACCUAUCAACAGCUUCAAAAUGCUUCACGGAGUGGAAGUGCUCGUCUGUACAGCAUGUAA